UGGUGCUGCGUUCACAAUCACAAAUUCCCCAAAUCCCAAACGUCUCGACUAAUAGUAAACGUGUUAUAGCCGUAUUUUAAGUAAUUAUUUUUAAUUUUCCUCUAGAACGGCUACCUUCUUUAAUUUACGACAAACUCUUGAGCAAAUGCUAACAUUCUACUAAGGCUGAUUUGCAGCUGUUUACAAAGAAAUUCCCGUUCUCUCAGUUCCCGUAGGAAAAAUAGGAUUUUAACUGAAGAUGGCCUCUCGAGGGAAAUCAGAAACUGGAAAAUUGAGGCAAAAUAUGGAGGAACAACUUGACAGACUAAUGCAGCAGCUUCAGGACCUGGAGGAAUGCAGAGAAGAUCUGGAUGAGGAAGAGUACGAAGAGACAAAGAAGGAAACUUUGGAGCAGCUGGGUGAAUUCAAUGACUCCUUGAAGAAAAUAAUGUCAGGAGAUAUGACACUUGUGGAUGAACUCAGUGGGAUGCAACUGGCGAUCCAAGCUGCCAUCAGCCAAGCCUUCAAAACCCCGGAGGUGAUACGACUUUUUGCUAAGAAGCAGCCAGGACAGCUGAGAAGCAGACUGGCAGAGAUGGACCGCGAUGUGAUGGUGGGAAAACUGUCACGGGACGUGUACACGCAGCAGAAAAUGGAAAUCCUCACUGCCUUGAGAAAACUGGGGGAGAAGCUCACCCCAGAAGACGAGACGUUCCUCACUGAAAACGCCACAGCGACCCUGAGCCAGUUUGAAAAAGUGACUGCAAACCAAGGGUCCGAAGACAAAAUAAUGGCUUUAGCUAGCUCUGGUGUGAAAACAAAGUCAUAGCAGUUCUGCAAAAAAAAUGAAGACAAAAAUGUGCCAUCCGAUUAUGGAUUUUCUAAACAAUCAGUGCGCUUUUGAGUGCUACUGCAGACGCUGACACUUUUAACAGUAUUGUUUUAUAUGUACACGUCAAUCUUUGUAAAUGUCUUUUAAUCGUCCAGAUAAAGUGUAAAAAUGUAUUUUAGGUACGAGCCUGUGAUUUGCUAAAAGGCGCGUGAAUGUAGAGGACGGCGCAGACAGUUUGUUAUUAUGAUCUUGUGGUUUGUGCAGUGAUUCUUUAUUCCAAAAUUUCAAUAUUCAACAGUGCUGUUUUUAGGAUGCAGUUUUCCUUCAGGGUGUAUUUUUAUUUCAGCUAAAACUGUGCCGUCACUUGUGUGCAGGUGAGAUGUAGAGUCUGAUAUCUUCAGUAAAACUCGAUGAGUCUUUCACCAGUUUAGUUGAAAUGUGCUGAGUCUGCAGGGUGGAUUAGAGCAGCCGUCGUCCAACAAUAUGAGAAUCAUAAAGUUUUAUUAAUAGUGUGGGUCUUCGGUCUGUUCAUGGAGAAAAUACAGAGAAAAUACAAAGAUUUUACAGGAUGAAGUAAUGAAUCGAGACGCUUUACCACUAUUCAGUGUCACUUGGGUGUUUCCAUUAUUUUAAUGAGUCCUUUAUGCAUUUAUUAUCAUGCAACUCCCUUCAAACUGAUGACUGUAGUUUCAUGUUGACAGUGAUGAAGUUUGAUAGUUUUUAAACUCGCAUCAGAGUCUGUGUAGAAGUGAAUGUCACAAUGUUUACAGCAUUAAUCUUGAUAUUCUUGCUACUUUUAAUGUGAGUAAAAAGAAAACUAACAA